CUUUUCCCCUCUCUCAGACAAGUAAGCACCAAACCCUCAAAACCCUCAUUUUCAGUUUCACAGAGAGAGAGAGAGCUUUCAGCUAUGGCGUCGAGGAAGCAAGGGCGGAGCUUCCCGUCGAUCACGCGGUGCGACACCAGCGAAACGGCGUCGUACGAGUCCAUCGCGGCCGAUCUCGACGGCACUCUCCUCAUCUCCCGCAGCUCCUUCCCUUACUUCAUGCUCGUCGCAAUCGAAGCCGGCAGCCUCCUCCGCGGCUUCGUGCUUCUUCUCUCUCUUCCGCUCGUCAUCGUCUCGUACCUCUUCGUCUCCGAAGCCCUCGGCAUCCAGAUCCUCAUCUUCAUCUCCUUCGCCGGCCUUAAAGUCCGCGACAUCGAGCUAGCCUCACGCGCCGUCCUCCCCAGGUUUUACGCGGCGGAUGUGAGGGCGGAGAGCUUCGAGGUGUUCGACAAGUGCAAGAGGAAGGUGGUGGUCACGGCGAAUCCGACGCUGAUGGUGGAGCCGUUCGUGAAGGAUUUUCUCGGCGGAGAUAAGGUGCUCGGCACUGAGAUCGAGGUGAAUCCGAAGACGAAGAAGGCGACUGGUUUUGUGAAGAAGCCGGGGGUUUUGGUAGGGAAGUUGAAGCGUGCGGCUAUUGAGAAGGAGUUCGGAAAUGAAGUGCCGGAACUUGGGAUCGGAGACCGGAGCUCCGAUCACGAUUUCAUGGCUAUUUGCAAGGAAGGCUACAUGGUUCCCCCAAGCAAAUCAGCACGCCCAGUCCCGUCGGACCGCCUAAAAAACCGGCUCAUCUUCCACGACGGCCGCCUCGUCCAGCGCCCCGACCCACUCAACGCCAUCAUUACCUAUCUCUGGCUCCCAUUCGCCUUCGUCCUUUGCAUUAUGCGCGUCUACAUCAACCUCCCCCUCCCCGAAAGCAUCGUUCCCUACACCUACGCCAUGCUCGGAAUCAAGCUCAAAAUCCGCGGCAACCGCCCCCCACCACCUUCCCCAGGCACACCAGGAAACCUCUACGUCUGCAACCACCGCACCGCCCUCGACCCCAUCAUCAUUGCCAUUGCCCUAGGCCGCAAAGUCUCGUGUGUCUCCUACAGCGUCAGCCGCCUCUCUCGGUUCCUCUCCCCCAUCCCCACCAUCGCUCUCUCCCGCGACCGUGAGGCUGACGCUGCUCGCCUCACCGCCCUUCUCCAAAAGGGCGACCUCGUCGUGUGUCCGGAAGGCACCACGUGCCGGGAGCCGUUCCUGCUUCGUUUCAGUGCUUUAUUCGCAGAAAUGAGCGAUAGGAUCGUCCCGGUGGCGAUGGACUGUAAGCAGAGCAUGUUCUACGGCACCACCGUGAGAGGUGUUAAGUUUUGGGACCCGUACUUCUUCUUCAUGAACCCAAGGCCGACUUACGAGGCGACGUUUCUCGACCGGCUGCCGGACGACAUGUCGUGCAAGGCGGGGAAGUCGGCAAUCGAGGUGGCGAACUACGUGCAGAAGGUGCUGGGUGAUGUGCUGGGGUUUGAGCGCACUGGGUUAACUAGAAAGGACAAGUACUUGUUGCUGGGGGGAAAUGACGGAAAGGUGGAGUCCAUGUACAACGGGAAGAAGUGAAUGCGAGGGCGUAAUGAUCAUUUGAAUUGGUAGAAGGAAUUGGGGUGUUUUACUAAUCGCUAGGUGAAAGCUCUACUGAGAUUUAGUGAAGCUCUCUGUUGGCAUUGCUGAAGGGUUCCAGGUGGGUAUAUUGGUAUAAGUGUAGAUGAAUUCAAUGUUCAGAAGUUGCUUAAUGAGAUUGAUUUGAUCAGCAUGAUAUCAAAACUGUUUCUUGUUGGAAUAUGGAAAAUUUGUAAUAAUAUUUUCUACUUUUCUAGCGUUCUUAUC